AUGGUGCAACAACGCUGCAAGUUCGAGGCAAAAUUUACUACUGCCAACCGUAAGACUAAUAGCGCAACGGGUUUGGGCUUGGAAGUACACGCGUUGAAAUGGAAUGUUGCAACAAGGAUUCUUGACUGUGACUCGUUCACUUUAAUCUGGAUUGUGGAAGAGGCAGGAGUAGUCCAUUUUAGUUCGCGUCGUGAGGUGAUUUCGAAGUUUCUAGCAAGGAUAGUGUCUUUCCCAUUAAACGUGCUAUCAGUAGAAAGUGUGCGAGUGUGGAGCGAAAUACAGAUUUGUGGCAAGUGUGCGAAAGCCCGUUACCUCACCAGUAUCAGCCAGCGACAACUCCUGACCCCACUCUGCAGCGUCAAAGUUUCCCGGCGGUCCACUUUGCCGGAAGGGGCCGCGACCGUCAAUUUCGCGCCCAGGCAGGGCGAAGGCAAAGAACAGCAAGUAAGUCAGCAACAGCAACCGUUUUCCCGCUGUCGGUGA